CUGACGUCGACCAAGCCAGCAAGAUCAAGGUGGCCCAGCUACACUACAUCCACCUCUGCCGGCAUAUUACUUGUUGGGGUGGUACCGCCACUCGCAAAUUUCAGGGCAUUGGAGAGGUGUACGUACCUUGCGAAACCGCGACCCUCCCCGCGCUCCGGCCGGAACACCGAUGAUCGUCGAGUCCUUACCUCCCCCGGAUCUACACCAAGUGCCCUUUAGCCGCCUCCGGCGUACGCGCUACAGUACGUGUAGCAGCCGACGCCGAGCUUUUUGACAGUGACCGCAGCCGCCGGAAAAAACGGGGCUGCCCUAUCAUUCUCCGCUCCCGAUUUCCGACUUGGACGGUGCCGUUAUUACCUACACCCAGACUGGACUGUUCCGCCGUCACCCAGUCCACGCUCUCCGGGCAAGAUGGAUUACCACGAAAGACAUGGCCAUGAUGUCGCCAGCUUCGAUGAUCUCCCUUCAACGCAUCGCAUGCCUACCGUCUCCGCUGCCGAUGCCUUGGAUGACCUGAACGAUGGAGACAACUCGCCUUUCAUUCCUACCAGCAUAGAUGCCCUCGAUGCCGCUUUGAAACCGAGUCUGGACAUCGAAAUAGUCACUGGAGGAAUACAGAAGGGUCAAGUCACUGAGAUUUGGGGGCCUCCUGGCGUCGGAAAGACUGCUUUCGGCAUACAACUUGCAGCCAACUGCCUGAGCGAGGGCAAAGGUGUCGUUUGGGUAGAUGGAUUUCACCGAGUUCCAAUUGAGCGUCUGCGCUCUGUCCUUGGCUCCCAAGUGAAGAGGGACAAUGAAGGGGAACAGGAAGAUGCGACAGUCGAUGAGCGCCUCGAUGUUCUCACGCACUACACAUGCCUCAGUCUACCUCACUUGAUCGCUCUUCUAUGUCGACCUACGCCCAGCUGCAUACCGCAAGACACAUCGCUUAUAGUGGUCGAUUCUUUAUCCGCGUUGGUAAAUCAUGCCUUUCCAAGGACACCAGAGCAAAAGAAGCUGGUGGAUAAUAAAGGAAACAAAGUUCCAUCUCUUUCCGCUCGGAGGUUGCAAGUACUGCAGUACAUCAUCGGCGCACUUCAAAAACUUGCCGCCACGAGAGACAUAGCUAUCGUUGUUCUCACACAAUGCGCAACAAAGGUGAUGCAGGUAGAACGGGGAGCAACUCUUGUGCCGGCUAUAAACGCCAGCGUAUGGGAGCAGGGAGUUUCUACCCGACUUGUGCUGUACCGCAACUUAGCGUUCAGUGACGCAAAAGUGCAGGGCUUGCGUCUUGUUGGAGUGCAAAAACUCAAUGGGAAGACUAGCGAAGCACCUGUUGACACUAUCUGCGCCUUUGAUAUCGAAGAGAGCGGCUUGGUUACAAUCGAAUACGACUUCAGUGAACCGCUACCAAACCACUUGUCUACACCGAGCACGAAACGAAAGUUGGGUGACACCACUUUGGAGAUAGCCGAUAGCGAUGAUGAGGAGGAUUACGGUUGGCAGGAAGAGGACGACGAAGCCGUGCCGCCUCCGCCCUCGCAGUGGCAGGGAAGCGAGGACAUUCUUCUUGUUCCAGAGCCUGAAAGCGACCAAGAGGAUGAGGAGCCAGAAGAGGAGAAAGAGGGAUCUGACAAAGCCGAAGAUGCAGGUGACGAAGACGCAGACGCCGCCUUCAACACCACGGCGGACGAAUCACAGCUCGCCAGUAAGGUCUUUGGCCGUGAUCGGGAGAUUCAGGAUUCUCAGGCCGACUGGUGAGUCUUAGCCACAGCUGAGCCGCAGAAUCCAACAGUCACGCAGAGAACGGAGUCGAGACUGCCGGUCACACUCGGUAUCACUGGUAUCGUAACAUGCACCCCUGAACGAAGGCUACGCUGGUCUUACCAUUCCCCAGUUUUCAUGACAUCUCUUCAUCUCCAGCUGUCUCCGGAUUCUCCAGAGCGCCCCACCUCUCCAGUUUCCCUCGGCCUCUCGCCGAGCUGGCGCCCCUCCAUUCUUUGCAUCUGGAGCAACAGCAGGCUUCCCCUGACAUGACUGUCAAGCAAGGCUCAUGCGAUGGAGAAAGGUAUGGAGAAAACCCCGGGCGAUAGUCUGACAAAAACUCCGUGCAGGAACCUUGAUGGCCUCUUUGUUUCUGUAUCCUCCUUGCCAAAAUUUUCUGCUGUGUGUUUCCCCGAAUCAAUUGCGGUUGCUGGUGUUUGGGGCCCCCACGGGGGAGAUCGGGAGGGACCAGGUUUGCGGCGAAAUCUCUACUUGAUGCGCCGACGCCAUCUCAAACUUGUUGCAAUCAAGCGAUCGCGAACGUGCGCAUGGCAUUGAAACUCAAAAUUUUCUCUGCCUCGGUCGGUCGAGGUUCGCUUGCUGGGAUGAUGAAUCGAUUAAAAUCAGACCAACAACCAAUUGAUGAGGGCGGUGCCUCCCUCGGCCUUAUGCCGGAUCUCGGCAUCAUCUGCCGAUGGCAUUUUGAAGAGGCUCCGCAAUUUCUCCGCUAAAAACAGAGAAAGCGAAAAAAAAGAAAGAAAAAAAAAAAGAAGAAAACCGGGGCACGGGCAUGCCGGUGCCUUGGGGGUCCUUGGCGUUCAGUUCUACUUUCUCUUUCCCACUCAGGAUUGGCAACUCGCAAGGAGCCGGGGCAGGCGCAGUUGAAACGGGGGUCUGGGGAAUCCGUCGGGGUUUCCUAUUGGGAUUCUCCCUCUCUCUUUGAGGUUUUGGGGGCGGGCUGAUUGUGGGCGUGUGGGAUGUCUGUGUGGGUUGAGGGGGUGAGGAGGGUUUUGUUUCUUACCAGGCCCUGCUACCUGCCAAGAGCAAGGUGGAGUCCAAAACCCUAGGCAAGUAACCUGCUGCUCGUAACAAUGAUACUCUGUAC